AAAAAAAAAAAAAAAAACUCUUCACCUUCUAAUUGACAAGCCACCUUGCAUAAAAUCAACGACUGAGAAAUCCGGUCUCUUGAAACUGAGUCGAAAAUAAAAAAAAUCCAUGAACGAUUCUCAUCAUGGCAAGAGAAAUAUCUCUAUCGUCGCUCACUGAUUCUGAAUUUUCCCGUCUCUUCCGUCUGAUCAACGAUUCUCUUCACCCUUUCACCGAAUCAGAGAACAUCUCUUUAAGCAAAGAAGAAGAGAAAGACCUUCUCCUCAUCCUUUCUCAGGUCUCAAAUGAAAUUCGCCGCUUGAUUCGCACGACUAACACCUCUUUUGCCUUAAUUCCAAACUCACAAAACCACCAAUUUUUAUCCAAAGCAAUAUCUCACCUGAUAACCUUAUUAACUUUUGAAAGCCGAUUCAUUCAACAUUUAGCUGGCAAUGCUCUCGUAAACCUCUCUGAGUUCAUAGCCUCAUCUGGAAAGAGCUGGGAAUUUUUAAUCCAUUCGCUAUGUAUUUGCUUUGAAUUCUCAAUCUCAAACAUAUCUUCAUGUUCUUUUGAACCUGCAAUAACUGGAGUUGGAGAUUCAGAUUCUGGUUUAUUAAGUCUUGCAGAUUUAUUGAAGCCCAAGUUGAAAAAUGCUAGCUUCCUUACAGCGGCUGGCAUUAUUCGAAUAUUAAGAAAUAUACUGAAAUUUUUGAAGGAAGAGUGUGAUGAUGAACUUGUUCAAGUGUUUUUAGAUUCAGUAAGCUUUUGCAUUUCGAAUGUGCCUUGGGAUUCAAUGGAUGAGUUCUUUGGUGGAAAUGGUGGUGAAAAGGAUGAACUGAGGACUGUGUUCUUAGGGAAUUUUAUUCAGUUUCUAUGUUCAUUGGUUGAGCAAUUUAAUUUUGUGGAAGGAUUAAAUGAUUCCCUAGAUAAGCAUGCUAUUCUUUCCAAAAUUAUCAACUUUGUACCUAAACUUCUAUAUUGGUGCCUUGGCAAGAAAGGUGUGUGUGUCAACAGAUGCAUGUCUCGUUACUUCAGACACAAGUUGUUGGUUCUGAUGAUCAGGCUUAGUUUCCAAAUACCACUAGAUAGUUUGGUUCUUGUUUCCUGGCUGCAGCUUCUACAUAAUUACUUUCAAGAAGUUUUAUGCCAACCUUUAACUGAAGUUGAGGAUCAGGAUGGUAGUCUAGAAGACUCUCCUUUUAUGUCAAGUAUUUCUGAUGGAGAAGUGCAUAGUAUGCACUCUUGCCAUUUACAAAGACAGGCCAUUUUUCUUUUCUUGAGGUGUUCCUUCAGUUUGAUAAAUCCGAGAAAAGACACUGGCAUGGAUUGUCCUAGUGCAACUGUGAAGUCAGGCGUGGCUUUUGACGCAAAUUCAGAUCUGAGUUGUUGCGGUAGACAGAGAGGUUUAUUAGAGCUUUAUUCAUGGAUCUCUGAACAUCUGCCUGUUGAUAUGCUUGUGGACCAAGAAACAUACAUGGAGAAGUGUGUAAACUUUUCACGUUCCUUCAUCAAACUGUAUGUGCAUGAGGAUGACUUAUUAUUCAAGUUGCUCUUGCAACUGCUUUCUUUACAAGCUUGCGAAGAACAACAAUUCCACAAAGAAAGAUGGGCAUCUCAAGAUGUGAGAGAAGAUGUUCUUUUUCAUGUUUCAAAUAUUUUUAAUCCCAUACACCUAUUUCAUUUAUUCCUUGCAGAGUUGCACUACGACCAUCAAGUGCUUCUUGAUUAUCUUAUCUCAAAAGACACAGGAAUUAAUUGUGCAGAAUAUCUCUUAAGGUGUUUGCGCAAGGUAUGUGAUUCAUGGCAAACAUUUACAGAAUUUUCAGUGUUUGGAGAAGAUAAAAAUCAAUCAUCUAGCAAGAGAAGAAAAGUUUUGCCAGAAAGAUCAAGUUUUAAGAUCGAGCCAUCAGCUGGACCUGCGAAAAUUAUUCCUCUGCAUCUAGAGAAGAAAUUUAAGGGUGACCUUGAAAAUAGAUAUGCAGCUUAUGCGUUUGAGCGAGCCAAAGAUUGUUUGCUUUCUCUGAAAAAAUCUGUGGAGAACCUUCACUUGAAGAACUUGUUUCCAUAUAACCCAGUAGUCCUUCUAAAACGCCUAACAAGAUUUCAGGAACUCUGCUUUAAGCAGUAGGAUGAUUACAUUUUGAGGAAUGGAAGGUCUAGUCAGGUAAAUGAUCUCUCUAUAGUUAUUCUUUUAACUUCCAUCUUCUUUCUCAAAACGUUGAUACAAAUUAGACAAGUAUUAUUGAUGAUCCUUGAACUUCAUCAAGUAAGGAUGCAGUGAACACUAAAAAUCAUAAUUUAGUUAUAAUCUUGUGAUUUUUUUUUCUAACAUUCAAGUUUAGGGGAAGAAAUCUUUGAACUGGCCUUGUUCUGGUUGUGCAGCAUGACUGUGACCUCGUUGAGACAGUUCAUUCAAAGAAAAAAGAAAGAUGUAUUCCAAACGGACCCUCAUAUGAGGCUAAUAAUCUUUCUUUUCUAUUUGACAAUUAUAAGAGCAAGAGGAUGAGUGAAUAAAUAUUUACUGUUUCGUAACCAAGGAAGAGCUAUAAAAGGAGAGGCAGUCAUUGGGGGUGUGGGGAAAGGCCUUUCAAAUUGACAAUGCCUUAACGAAAUAUAUAAUAGAUUACAGUUUGAAACUUUGAUUACUAUUUGUUUAGAAAUUUAUGGGUUUGGUUGGAAUUCAUUCUACUUAACGAACAAGAAACAGCUAAGCUGGCUGUGUCUGAUUUUCUAUCAACUUGAUAUGCUAUGUAUAGGGUUGAAAAGUUUAAAAAAUAUAAAUGAUAAUUAGAAAUUAAAUUUAAAAUGUGGUACCCUUGUAGGCAACCAGUACUUGAGAAACUAUUUAUGUAGCUAGAAUUCAUAAAACUACUUUACUGAUUGUUAUCCUUUUAUAUCCUAAAUGUAUGGUAUCACGAUAAAAGAAAAAUGUAUCAUGUAUUAAAAGACAUGUUAUAAAAGUUACUGUUAAUUUUUUACCGAAAUUUGUUAUGAAUUUCUCUUAUGCGGUUGGUAAAUUUGUAGCUAUAUUCGUUUUCAAAGUCUUGAUAAAGCUAUGGCCAAUGGGACAUUUGAAACCUAAGUAUCUCAGCAACUGGUAUGGGAGGUGAAGCCUUGCUAACUGCUGGGGCUACUAGAUGGUUCAUGUUAAAAGUAUAGGACUUGUAUGUGAUUGUGCGACAUGAGUCACAUGACCUGGUACGGCCAAAUAAGGUUUUUCAUUGCACAUAAACUUGUUCGAAGGCAAGAAAGGGUCGGAAGGGCAACAAAUGAAGAAGGGAAAGAGUCAUUUUAUGCUUGUCCAUGGGGCCUUUCAUGGAGCAUGGUCCUGGUAUAAGGUGGUAACUCUCUUGCAAUCAUUGGGCCACAGUUACAGCUCCCGACCUGGCUGUUUCUGGGGUUCAUGUCCAUCCAAAGCAAGUGCAUGAGCUUCAUACGAUUUUAGAAUACUCUGAACCAUUGAUGGAAUUCAUGGCGUCUCUCCCACCAAAGGAGAGGGUGGUUCUGGUUGGCCAUAGCAUGGCUGGAGUUUCCAUUUCUGUUGCCAAGGAAAGAUUCCCUGAGAAAAUUUCUGUCGCAGUUUUUGCCCUUGC